AUGGAUCUCUCAGAACAUCAAUGUCUUGCUGUCCAACGUGCCCAAUCCAUCCUUAGCGAUGCUGGAUUCACCCGAUCCUUGACCCCUACAACUUUGAACACGUCUCCUGCUGCAUCGUCCAUCGCCCCGUUACCCAGCACUGAGCCCUCCCCAAUUGUUCAAGCUUCCAACUACAUUCCACCGCCGGCGCGUCAGUUCACUGCAGACGAAAUCUCACGAAAUGCUCACCGUGUCAACCGGCAGACGACUGUCGAUGCCAUAGUUGAACAUCCUCUUGGGGCAAUUGUGGAGUAUCCUGAAACUGGAUCAGUCAUGGGACAAGCAGUCGCGCACAUUUUCUCGAUAUCUGCGAACUACAUUACUCACGAGUUUGACAAUCCUAAAGCUUCAUUCCAGUACUCGUUUGGUGACGGACAUGGAGGCCGGAAGAACGUUCUCUGCCAUUUGCUUCAAGAUAGCACUGAUGGCAAACCAGUUAAGUGCAACAGGAUUUCGACGUCUUUGAUGUGCUUAGGUAAGGGCCUGAAGGCAUGUUCCUCCAACACUGACGCAUUCAUCAAUGCCACCCAUUCAUACACCCACCGGGCACACAUCAGCGAACUUAUCACUCCUACCAGAGCAUUUUCUCCCACUGAUGAUUCAGCAGAACGGGAAGUUUUCACCAAGACAUUUGCAUUUGUCUGUGCACUUAAGGUACACGGCUGUAGUUUCCGUACCAGCACUGAGUUCACAGAUUUCAACUUCGAGAAUGACUUGGAUGAUUCAAACAUCGACCCCAACGACUACGAACGUGCUCUUGUGACUCCUACCGCCGCAUCCUCGCGCUCUCCGACGUCUUGUUCGGGCAACCUUAUUAUGCGCACUGAUAAAUACAAUCAACGAUUCAUCCAAUGUGAACAUCGUUCACGCACUGACCGGGCACAUCUCAUCCUUUGGAACCUUCAAGAAUUCAAUAUCAACUAUCUUCAAGCAUUGCUCGCCCACGACAUCGCAGCAAUUCUUAUUCACGAAGAACGUGCGGAACAUUGUGCUCAUUGGCACAGGAACUCAGCCGGCAUGUUGGAACGUGGUCGUCUCCUUAAAUGGGAGCAUGACUGCCAGUCAAAAUUCGAUAUCUUUGUCCCUGUCAACCUUGUUGCUGUACCCCGCAUCGCUAUUGUGUGUCGCAACCCACACUCUCACCCGCCACCCGCGCCAAUCAAAACACCACCUCCGCUCGUUGAUUUGUUCAGGUCGUUGCUAAUGGAUAUGGAUUGGGAGCUUGCCGAUGCAACUCCUAGACGUAUUCUAUGCGACUCUGGAUUCAUGCGGGGGCUACGUACGGCUUUGGGUUGGACACAGGACCGCAGUCCAACUCUUGCUGACCUUCACCCAUCUCUAGCGAAUCUCGAUCAUGUGCAUCGUCUCAUGUAUAAAUUCCGUCGUGACAAGUAUCCAAUGGGGACCGGCUUUCGAGGUGCAAAACUGCUCGUCGACAAGGAGAACGAGCUGCCAUGUCAUGCGCGCUAUGUUCAGGUGCGCAGAAACACACACUCUCCCUGUCCCUUGAUGUCGCGCCAUCUACUGCUCGCACGCCGUGUGUCAAUUGACACGUCAUUCAAGCGCUUGCACGGCUGGCAAGAAUUUGAGAUUGAAGCUUGGGACAACAACCACAUGCGAUCUCUUACGGGUGCACGAGCAUUCAUAAAUUCACAAUCUGCACAGGCACACUUGGUUCUUUUUCGCCGAAUCUUUUCAAUCGCCAGUGAGGACACAGGAACACCGGUAUCUUUCAAACACAUCCAUGGUAGUGGCUACGAGUCAGUAGUGGCAGACGCUCAUAUGGGUCAGGGUCUCAGACUUGGACUGUUUUGCUCAGAGCUUAGCAAAAACAUCAAGACUCCAUGCAUUUACGAACCGCAUCGCAAGUUAUGCGAUCUGACUCCCUACGAUCACCUUCGCCGGUUCUACCGUUUGUGUAUCGUCCAUUUCAAGAGGAACUUGCGGCCGCUUCAAUCACAGGUGUUGAAGGAGGUAUAUAAUGCCAUGCUGAGUCUAUCUUCAUCAGAUGCACAUCCCAAUUUUCAGAGGACGCUCAGUGUCAUCAGAGGUGGCGGCCGAAAAGCUGAAGCAUGGCUUAAGGACAAACUUCAGACUAACAAGUUCGCAUUUCCCGCGCUAUACCGUCCUGCAAGCUUCAUACCUGAAGAUAUUUGGCGUGCAUGCCCAACCACCACAAACGGCAAUGAGCAGGCCCACCGCAACAUCAACCGUGAUGGGGUGCACUUAACACUUCUUGGAGGUAUCAUGAGAGGCCGAGCCUUUGACGACCGAGCGGCACAGAGCAUCGACGUUCAUGCAUCGUUGGGCAUCGGCACUCGUGAUCGUGAUGCUACUCAUGCCUACCGAGCCUCAAGAAGCAUCACUCGUCAAGGUAAUCUUCGUCUACGUCAUUUACCCAUUGUUUUGACAGCAUCUUAG